UCAGGACUGUGGGAUAAAUAGACCACAGCAACCAAAUACGAUUGUUGGAUAUUAUCCAGCUUAUAAAUACAAUUUAAAAUCAAAUGAUUUUAAUAUAAGUUCGUCAAUUACUCAUCUAAACUAUAUUGCAUUUGGCCCAGAUGACCUUACUAAUGGCACUGCGCCAUAUACAGUGUUCAUGAGUCAAUACACCAAAUUUAACCAAUUUAGAGAUUAUCUUGUUCGAAAUCCUAAUCGGAAAUUUCAAUUAAUCCUUUCAGUCUUGUUGCCUACUAGUCAAGACUUAGUAAAAAUAUCACCGUUUUCUAACGUUGGAGCUAUUAAUGGGCAAUAUAAUCCAAACAAUACUGUUGUUAGUGAUUUGGUUAAAAUUGUUACUGAUAUUUCGAAUUCGUUCGAUGGAAUUGACAUUGAUUAUCCCAAUAAGCUUCCAUGCUAUUCAACGCAAACGUUACAACAGUUCGACGCUAAUGAUUUAAAUCCUACUUUUGUAUCUUUUCUAGCUGAUUUAUCAAGCCAAUUAAAGAAAUCUAAUAGCAGUAAAAUUUUAACUGUCACGGCAGGACAGUAUCCUAUAAAUAGUCUUAACUCUAGCAAUUCAGUUAUUAUUAGUUUUGUGAAUAUUCAGGCAUUUUAUCUUAAUAUAGGUAACAAGUCUGCAAGUGCUAGAAUAAACGAUAUUCAGAAAAUCUUUGAUGCUUGGAAUAAUUAUGUUAGUAAAUCAAAACUCGUUUUGGGAAUCGAUUUUGGUGGCAUUGUCGAAGUUGUUACUUCUAGUAAUAUUACAGCGGAUACCAAUAAUCAAAGCCUUCAGGUUGUGAACCAAAAUCAGAUCCCAAAUAUUCAAUUACCAUCUUUUGAUGAAAGGAUUCAAGAUCUGUGCGCAAAUUCAGCAUAUGCAUCUUGGUCAUGGAAAAAUUUUUCUAAAACAUUAUUACCUUGUUAUACAAGUACUAAUAAAGAUCCACAAUGGAAAUAUGGCUUUGAUGAUAAUGCCAAACAGCCAUAUGUUUAUCAACAACAACAGAACUCUCCUACACAGUACUAUUAUGUUUCUUAUGAAGAUUUUCAAUCAUUAAAAUCCAAACUUGAUUAUGUGCAGGGUAAUGCACUAGGAAUUGCAAUUUUUGAUAUAACUAAGGAUACGGUCGAUGCAAAAUUAAUGAACUUCAUAAUAGGAAAUCAGAAUAACCCCCCUCAGAAACCAAUUACGCCUACAUCUAAUACAGCCACAUCUCAACCAUCUUUGUCCAAUGUAGGUGCAAUAGUGGGUGGUAUAAUAGGCUCCCUUAUUUUUGUUAGCAUAAUAGUGGCAGCUGGCUUUAUAUUACAUCGAAGAAGACACGAAGCAAAAAUGUCUAAUUCACUCAUAAAUACAAAUAAUCAAGCUUGCUCGGAUACAAAUCCUCAGAUUUACUCUGAUAUAAAUCGUCAGAUUCGUCCGGAUAUAAAUCGAAUUUACUCAGAUACAAAUCAUAACGCUUUCUAA